AUGGCUUUCGAACUAUCUUCCCUUCAGAUCAGCUGCGUGGCUUUGGUGGCCUUUCUCGUGGUGCUGGCGUUCAGAAAUCGCACCAAAACUUUCACACAGAACGUCCCUCCUGGGCCAAAGCCCUUGCCGGUGAUUGGAAAUUUACUUGAUCUCCCCUCCAAAGGCCAGCCCGAGUAUCAGCACUGGUUCAAGCACAAAGAUGCCUACGGUCCUGUCAGCUCCAUCAAUGUGAUGGGGACGACGCUCGUCAUCUUCCAUGACAAGGAUGCUGCCCACGCUGUCAUGGGGAAGAAGGCCCAAAAGACAUCGGCGAGACCUCAGCUCAACUUUGCUCAGCUAUGUGGGUUCGAGAACUUUCUCAUCACCCAUCAGUACGACGACAAGUACCGCCUUCACCGGAAAAUGGUUCACCAGGAGAUUGGAACUAAGGGGCUCUCUGCUGGUUUCCGCCCCAUUCAGGAGCAGGAAUCUCUUCGCUUCAUCCUACAGACGUUCAAUCGGCCGGACGACAUCUUGCACCACUUGAAAACUUUGGCUGCCGCCAUCGUUCUGAAAAUUACCUAUGGCUAUUCGAUUGAGCGAGACAGCCCCGACCCGUUGGUUGAGUUGGUCGAGCACACCAUGGAGAACCUGUCCAAAGCAUUUGUGCCACUUUCUUGGGCCAUUGAUGCGGUCCCUGCUAUCAAGUAUCUUCCUGACUGGUUCCCCGGCACGUCGUACCGGAAGACUGCGCUAGAAUGGAAGGCUAUCAACGAGGCCGCUGCGGAACUCCCUUACGACUUCGUCAAACGCCAGAUGGCACACAAAGCCCACAGUCCUUCAUAUGUCUCCAAUCUUCUCGAGAAGCACAUGGCCAAGUCGGACACUAACGAGAUCAAUCUGGCUGCGGCCGACGAAGAGGCUAUCAAGUGGACUGCCGUCAGCCUCUAUGCCGCCGGCUCCGACAGUACAGUGGCAAUCAUCCACAGCGUCAUCUGUGGUCUUGUCAUGUUCCCCGAGGUUGUCACACGGGCGCAGGAAGAGAUCGACCGAGUUGUCGGCUCCGAUCGGCUUCCCACUUUUGACGAUAGAGAUAACCUGCCUUACAUUGACGGCAUUAUCAAAGAAGCCUGGCGAUGGAAUCCGGUAGGGCCCAUGGGCUUGACGCAUAAGUCCGAGGAAGAUAUCGUCUGUGGUGAAUAUCUCAUCCCUAAGGGCUCCUAUCUUCUUCCCUCUCUCUGGUGGUUUUUGAACGACCCGAAAGAGUACCCAGAGCCGCGGGUCUUCAAGCCGGAGCGCUAUAUGGAGCCCUUCAACCACCCUGAUCCUAGUGAAGUUGCUUUUGGUUACGGCCGAAGAUCUUGUGCUGGUCGUUUCUUUGCGGACGCCAGUGUCUACAUCACCGUGGUCCAGCUUCUGGCUGCGUUCAACGUUCGCAAGGCUAGAGAUGAACAAGGCAACGAGAUUCCCGUCACUCUCGAGGCUAUCCCGGGCAUGGUCAAUCGCCCCGCUCCCUUUGAGUUCAAGGUCGAGCCUCGCAGUCAGCACCACAUCGAUCUUCUUCGCCGCAUCGAGUCGGAGCAGUUACCUGAGGUUAGCCAUGCGAGUCUUCUCAAAACGAGUACAGUCUAG